ACAAACUCAUUUCUCUUUUACUCUCUCUCCACACACACAUACACUAAACCAUUCUCUUAUCAACAUCACUAUGGCUGACCGUAUGCAUCCACACCAAGUUCAAGUUCAUCCUUCAACUCGUUAUGAAGGUGGUGGAAUGAAAACACUUCUUCCUCAUAGAGGUCCUUCAACUGGCCAAAUUCUGGCGAUCGUCGCGCUUGUUCCUGUCGGUGGGACACUUCUAGGACUUGCAGGACUCACCCUUCUUGGGACCAUUAUUGGCCUUUGUGUUGCUACUCCUGUGUUUUUGCUCUUUAGCCCGGUUCUCGUACCAGCUGCUAUCACGGUUGCGCUAGCUGUCACCGGCUUCUUGACUUCAGGUGCAUUUGGAUUGACGGGUCUAUCAUCACUAUCUUGGAUUGUGAAUUACUUUAAGCAGGGGAGGAGCACGAUGGAGCAAUUGGAUUACACGAAAAGGCGCAUUCAAGAACGAGUGGCAGAUGCAACGGCGACAGUGGGACAAAAGACUAAGGAUGUUGGACAAGCAAUACAGAGCACAGCACAGCAAGGGAAAGAAAGUGCCAGGACUACUACUUGAUCUAAUAGAGCUUUAAUUAGCUUAUCUUCCCAUGGAAAUAAUGAUGUGAAGCAUGCACUCUAAUGUUAGUAGCUUUUCUUUUUAAGGUUUUUCAA